AUGGUUGCAGGAACUGAGCAGCAAGCACGAGAACUCGUCUCACAGGCCCAGAAAAAGCUAAACUCCUGGACAUUCUUUGGGCCGUCCAACAAAUUCGAAGAUGCGGCAGAAUUGUACGAGAAGGCGGCCAACAUGUAUAAAUUGUCCCAACAAUGGUCCCAAGCCGGUGACGCAUUCAUUGAAGCUGCCAAGCUCUAUCAAAAAGCAGGUAGUGCCAAGUUUGAUGGUUCUCGGGCGUAUGAAAGUGCAGCCAAAUGUUACAAGCGUUUCGAUCCUUCAGCUGCUGUAAGAGCAUUGAAAGAAGCCAUUGUCCUCGAUCAAGAAAGCGGUGGGUUCCGUCAAGCAGCAAGGCAUUAUCAAGAAGCCGGUGAAUUGUAUGAAAGUGAAUUGAAUGAUCCUCGAGGCGCCUAUGAUGCAUAUGGACAAGCUGCCGAGUUAUUCAGUGCCGAUGAAUCACCUGCAAUGGCCAACAAGUGCUAUCUCAAGGUGGCUCAGAUUGCAGCAGAUUUGGAAAUGUACGAGGAAGCCAUUGAAAAGUUCGAACGAGUGGCAGCUUCAGCAGUGGAUGAUCCUCUAUUGAAAUGGUCGGUCAAGGAUUACUUUUUGAAAGCAGGAUUAUGUCAUUUGUGUUCCGAGGAUAUGGUGAGAGCACAACAAGCAUUGAAUAGCUACUGUGGAAUGGACAUGUCAUUUGAACAAACACGAGAAUAUCAGCUUCUUAAGGGCGUAUUGGGUUGCAUUGAUAGCGGUGAUGUGGAGCAGUUUACCCAAGUUGUAUAUGACUAUGACAAGCUCACAAGAUUGGAUCCAUGGAAAACAGCCGUACUGUUGAAAAUUAAGAAGUCUAUUGAACAAGAGGAUUUACGUUAA